AUGAUUGAUAUCGUUCAACCCCGCGAUGGAUGCCUUUACGAGAUCAGACAGAAGGGACAAAAGGAUCUCUGUUAUGUGGUCGUACCUAAUACAAAAGAUCUGGUUAAGAGCCACUUGAUGUUCGCGGUGCGCGAAGAAGUGGAAGUACUGAAGGAGCGCAUCGCCGAACUAAUGGAGAGGAUCAAUCAGCUGGAGGUGGAGAAUAGUUACCUGCGCGCACACGCCAGCCAAGACACGCUGGCGCAGCUACCGGUGGUGGGCAGCAAGCCUCCGCCGCAGGCGCAGGGCCCGCAGCCGCCCGUGUCAUAA